CUUGGGCUUCCCUCAGUCAGGCAGGCAAAAGAAGAAGCAGAAGGAGGAGGAAAGACUCCGCCCUGCGAGGAGUUGGAGGGCGACCAGGCAGAAGAAGAGGCUGCAGGACAGAAGGAAACCCACUCCUCUCUUUGUGGAGGAGACUCCGCAGCCGGCCAAGACGCCUUCCAUGUGAGGAGGGGGAAAAAUAGGCGGCUUUGGCGAGGAGAAGUGCUGCAUUUUAUUCACCAACUGAAUACUGACACCGCUUGCUACAGUCCAGUAAGCCUUCAUGAGUGGCUUCCAGAUAGUGAGAGAGAAACAUUUUAAGGAAUGGAGUUGGCACACAGUUUGUUACUUAAUGAAGACGCCUAUAACCAACUGGGGGAAUUUAAGAAAACAGAGUUUGCUUUUGAGUGGCUGAGGUUUUUGGAAAAACUUUUACCAGCAACCAGUCGAGCUGAUAUAAGGGAAAAGCAGAGUAAACUUGUUGAACAACUGGUAUCUUUAUUAACAAGUUCUCCAGGGCCUCCUGCCAGACAGCUUAUUGCCAAGAAUCUUGCUAUCGUUUAUAGCUCUGGAGACAUAUUUUCUGUUCACCAGACAAUUGACAAAUGCAAUGAACUUAUUCGUAGUAAGGAUGAUUCACCAAGUUAUCUGCCUACAAAACUGGCUGCAGUGGUCUGUUUGGGCUAUUUGUACAAAAAACUGGGAAGAAUUUUGGGCAACAGUUUUCUGGAUACCGUAGGGAAUAUCCUUAAAGCAAUGAAGAAUGCAGAGUCUCAAGGGCGGUAUGAGAUCAUGCUAAGUUUGCAAAAUAUAUUGAAAGGGCUUGGAGCGGCGGCUAUUCCAUGCCACAGAGAUAUUUACAAAGCGGCCCGUUCCUGCUUAAUGGAUAGAUCAAUGGCAGUUCGCUGUGCUGCUGCAAAGUGUCUUCUUGAACUUCAGAUUGAAGCAACAUUUAUGUGGAGUACAGACCUGGAUAGCGUUGUAACUCUGUGUUUUAAGUCCUUGGAAGGAUCAAGUUACGAUGUACGGAUGGCUGUUUCUAAGCUUUUAGGUUGUGUGUUGGUUAGUGCUGUAACAUCUAAACAAGGCACAGCAUCUGCCAGACAAAAUGUUCGCAAAAUCUCAUUUGAGGAAGCCUUGGACCUAUUGGGAACAGGUUUUCUUCGCGGAAGUUCAGGAUUUCUACGAGCCAGUGGCGAUAUCCUAAAGGGAACGAGUUCAGUCAGCAGGGAUGUUAGAGUUGGAGUCACUCAGGCGUAUGUGGUAUUUAUUUCCACACUAGGAGGGCAGUGGCUUGAAAGGAAUUUUUCUGCCUUGCUCUCCCAUGUCCUAGACCUUGUCUCUCAGUCUCAGCCCAAAGCUAUUCAGACUCAGUUAGACGCUAUUUGCUGCCGCCGUUGUAUUUCGUUUAUCCUUCGAGCUACAGUGGGAGGCCUUCUUGGGGAAAAAGCUCAAAUUGCAACUGCCAAGGAGAUUUGUCAAGCCAUCUGGAAGCUGAAGAAAGUUGUGGAUGCUGCAAGAAGUGACUGUAAUGUGGAAACUCGAGUUGGGACAACAGAUGUGAUAGCUAGCCAGAAUAUGCUUAUAUGUGCCCUAGAAGAGCUUGGAAACAUCAUAUAUGGCUUAGGAACUACUGCUGCACCAGUAUUGCAAGAUUCUAGUACAGGAGUUCUGGAUGCAGUUAUAUCUGUUAUCCUUCAUCCCAGCAUUUCUGUUCAGCUAGCAGCAGCAUGGUGUCUUCGCUGCAUUGCUGUAGCAUUGCCUUGCUUUCUCUCCCCACUUCUGGAUCGCUGUGUUGAGAGACUCACAGCACUGAAAUCCUCCCCAGAAGCAGUGACUGGCUAUAGCUUUGCUAUUGCCGCUUUGUUGGGAACUGUAAAACAGUGUACUUUAGGAAUUCCACAUUGCAAGGGAAAGGCCAUUAUGACAGUAGCUGAAGAUUUAUUGCGUUCUGCAUCUCAAAACAGUCGUAUUUCUAUACAACGAAUGCAGUCUGGGUGGCUUUUGAUAGCUGCCCUCAUGACACUAGGUCCUGCAGUUGUCCAGCACCAUCUUCCAAGGAUGCUACUGUUGUGGAAAUGUGCCUUCCCAUUAUCAUCUAAAGAUUUAGAAACUGAGAAGAGCCGAGGUGAUUCAUUUACUUGGCAAGUAACACUGGAAAGCCGUGCAGGUGCUCUUUGUGCUGUCAAAAGCUUUAUUCUUCAUUGUGGAGGACUCCUUACAGAUGAAGUUAUUCAAAGAUUGCUUCCUCCAAUCCCAUGUGCAAUUGAUUUACUGACACUGCUUCCUUCUCUAAAUAAAACCUAUGGAAAUCCUUUAAAACCAUCAUCAGUGAAUUAUAGGAAAAGACUUUAUGAAUUGCUUACUUUGUUGCCUCCCAAGACAUAUGAAGGAAUUUUUUCUGCAGUUCUCAAAGAACUUGUGCUUGAUUUGACCCAGUCUGAUAACCAGAUGGCAGCCUCUGCUGCUUAUCUUCCACCUCUCUCUCAUCAGAAUGAAUUUGCCUUACUUGGUCCUACAUUACAGGAGACAGAGCACAGAUUUAUUGAAGAGCAGCUGCUCUUAGUCCAUAGUAUAGCUGGUGGAAGCCUAGAAUAUGAUCCAUAUUCAGUUUACGAAAGAGCUGCAGAUAGUGACUCAGUGCCUAAGCCCUUACCUACAACUAUAUCCAUUAUCAAUGCAGCAACCCGUCUCUUUGGAGUAAUAUUUUCCCAUGUUGCAGAGCCCCAAAGGCUUCAGAUAUUGGAACAGAUAUUGACCUCCAUAAAACAAACCAAAGGAUCCCGGCAACAGAUAGUGCAACAAAACGUUAUGUCAGCAUUUUCUAAUGUUCUGAAGCACUUAGCCAGUUGCAAGGGGAAUUUAGGUUCUGACGAAAUCCGAAGUUCUGCCUUAUCCUUAGUGAUGAGUGCCUUAGAAAGUAGUAAUCCACUUCUGAGAUGUUCUGCUGCCGAAUCUCUAGCCCGACUUGCCCAGGUCGUUGCUGACAGCACCUUCACUGCUGGAUUGGCACAAAUUAGCUUUGACAAGCUAAAAUCUGCUAGAGAUGUUAUAUCAAGGACAGGACAUUCUUUGGCCCUUGGAUCACUCUAUAAAUAUCUGGGAGGAAUCAGCUCUUCUCAGCACUUGAAUGCAUGUGUCGGAAUACUUUAUACAUUAUCUCAGGAUAGCACUUCACCUGAAGUACAGACCUGGGCACUGCAUUCUCUGUCACUGAUCAUUGAUUCUGCCGGUCCCCUAUAUCACGUGCAUGUGGAACCUACCCUCUCUCUUAUUCUUAUGUUGUUGUUGACUGUGCCUCCUGCUUAUGCUGAAGUCCAUCAAAGCCUUGGUCGCUGCUUAAAUGCACUUAUCGCCACUUUGGGUCCUGAGUUGCAAGGCAGCAGCACUACAGUUUCAGCCUUACGGGCUUCUUGUCUCCUGAGCUGUACAGUGAUGCAAGAUAAUCCUGACUGCCUUGUCCAAGCUCAAGCUAUCUCUUGCCUUCAGCAGCUUCAUAUGUUUGCUCCACGCCAUGUAAACCUGUCUAGCCUUGUAAGAUGCCUGUGUGAGAUCUUGUUGGAAAAUUCUGUGUUGGUGAAUCUCUCUAGUUCAUAUUUAUUACUAAGGCGAGCAGUACUAGCUUGUUUGCAUCAGCUUGUGCAGAGGGAGGCAGCUGAAGUUUCUGAACAUGCAGUGGCUCUUGCUAAAGACAGCAGAGAAGAUUUUGCUCCAGGUAUUAACAUCAGAGAAGUAGGACUUGAAGGGGCAUUGUUAAGCCUGUUGGACAAAGAACUGGAUCCAAAACUGUGCCAAGACAUCCGAGAGACCCUGACCCAUAUGCUUAUAUCAAUGGCUGUUGAAAAACUCUCUUUCUGGUUGAAGCUCUGCAAAGAUGUUUUAGCUGCCUCUGCUGAUUUCACAACCGUGGCUUCAGUAGAUACAACACAAGAAGAAGAAGUUGCUCAAACAGAUGACGAAUUGGCAUUGGCAUUGGAAAAUGAUGAAAAAUUGCACCCUUUCCUGCAUCCUCGAUGGUCUACUAGAGUUUUUGCUGCAGAGUGUGUUUGUAAAAUUAUCAGCCAGUGCGAAAAUGCUGGCAAUGCUCACUUUGACAUAGCUCUGGCACAGGAAAUGAAGCAGAGAGAUUCAAGAGAUGAUUUCUUAGUACUGCAUUUAGCUGACUUGAUCCGCAUGGCUUUUAUGGCUGCCACUGAUCACAGUGACCAUCUUCGUCUUUCUGGUCUUCAGAUGUUGUUAGUUCUCAUUCGAAAGUUUGCUGCUGUACCAGAACCAGAGUUCCCAGGCCAUUUAAUUCUGGAGCAAUAUCAGGCAAAUGUUGGGGCAGCACUUAGACCGGCCUUUAGCUCAGAAACACCACCAGAUGUAACAGCAAAAGCAUGCCAGGUUUGCAGUGCCUGGAUAGCAAGUGGUGUAGUAAAUGACCUUAAUGAUCUUCAGAGAGUUCAUCAGUUGCUGGUAACAUCCUUGAUUAAAGUACAGGCUGGAAAAGAAGCACAAAGUCAGCUGUACAAUGAAGCCACGACAACUAUGGAGACAUUGGCUGUUCUAAAAGCUUGGGCAGAGGUUUAUAUAGUUGCGGUAGAAAGACAGAAAAAACAAAGCCACGUUAGUAGGCCACUGUUUGCCACAAACAUCAGAGAGGAGAGCUGCAGGGAUCAAACCUCUUCAGUAGAUGAUCUUUUGCAGCUAGUUCAAGCAGACUUGGGAAAUCUGAGCAAGCUCUGGCUUGCUGCACUUCAGGAUUUUGCUCUCUUAACUUUGCCUUUGGAAUACACCUCUCAACUUCCUAUUGAAGGUGGUGCUUUCUAUACUGCAGAGACAAUUGAAAAUUCAAGACCACACUAUCAAAACUCCUGGGCUCUGAUUCUUUAUGCUACAGCAUUGUGGCUUACGAAUACAGGUUUCCUUAUAGGCGAUUCCGAUGAAGGCCUAACUAAUCUAUCUCGACCUGUCACUCCAACUACUAUGUGUCAAGACUCAACAUCUAAGGCUGCUGUAAAGUCACCUGAAGAUGUCAAUACAGAAAGAUUUCAUCUUAUCUUGGGAAUUAGUGUGGAAUUUCUGUGUUCUCCUCGAUCAGAUGCAGCAAUGGAAGACAUUACAUCUUGUCUACAUGCCCUGCAGGCGAUGCUUGAUGUUCCUUGGCCAAGGACUAAAAUUGGUAGUGACCAGGAACAGAGUGUUGAGCUGCUGAAUGUUUUGCACCGUCUUAUACUGACCAGAGAGUCCCCUGACAUUCAACUUGCUGCUCUAGAAGUUGUUCAGCACAUACUUUUUGCAGCACAAGAACAUGUCAAGGAAAAACGGAGAAGUGCAGAAGUUGAUGAUGGGGCUGAAGAAAAGGAAACUUUGCCAGAAUUUGGAGAAGGAAAAGACACAGGAGGACUGAUACCUGGAAAGUCCUUAGUUUUUGCAACCCUAGAGAUGUGUAUGUGCAUUCUUGUAAGGCAGCUACCUCAGCUUAACCCAAAGAUAACAGGUAGUCCUGGAAUUACAGCUGGAAAACCUCAACUAUUAUCAGAGAAUGGAAGCAAGCUGGUGUCAGCAGCAUUAGGAAUCCUUUCUGACAUUCCAGGAGUUUGCUCACCAGAAGGGAGCAUUGCUGUGCUUCCUACUAUAUUAUAUCUGAUUAUUGGAGUCCUGAGAGAAACUGCUGUAAAGUUACCAACUGGCCAGAUACCUUUAACUGUUGCUGCAUCUCUACAAGCUCUUAAAGGAGUGCUGUCUUCGCCCAUGGCCCGGGCUGAGAAGAGCCGAGCUGCUUGGAAUGAAUUGCUCUGUAGUGCUUUCGUCUCUAUCCUUAAUUUUUGGAAUCAAGAUGGUGCCCACCAAGAAUUAGAUGAAAGCAGUCUAUUGACUGCCAUUACAGUAUUUAUUUUGUCCUCAAGUCCAGAAGUUACUACUGUGGAAUGCCUUCAGAUGAGCUGCAUUGAGAAGUUUAAAUCCGCAAUGGAAUCUAAAGAUUCUGUUAUACAACUGAAAUGUUACCAGCUGCUACUGACCAUUUUUCAGUAUCCAAACAAAGCGAUCUCAUAUCCUUACAUUCAGUCAUUGGCAGCAUCAAUUGUGAACAAACUUCAGGAAACAGAGAAAGCUAAACCUGAGAAUUCUGCUGAACUUCAGGUUAUUCAGGAAGGAAUAAAGGUGGUAGCUGCUGUUAUAGCCCUUGCUCAGGAGGAACACCGAUCUCAACUAGUGGCUUGCUUUCUACCAAUCCUGAUUUCUUUUCUCUUGGACGAGAAUGCCCUGGCAUCAGCUACCAAUUCAGCAAGGAGUCUACAUGAGUUUGCUUUGCAGUAUCUGAUGCAGAUUGGCCCACAGUAUUCCUCAGUCUUUAAAAAACUAAUGGCUGCCUCUCCGCCAAUGAAAGCAAGGCUUGAAUCAGCUGUGAAGGGCAAUCAGGAAAGUAUCAAGGACAAGACGUCCCCUCGACACUCAAAGAACCCUGGGAAAAGUGCAAGCAUUCAAUUAAAGACCAACUUUCUGUGAAAUUGGUUGUUUUUAAAUAUUAAGCACUUUGAUAAUACUGAAGAGAGUCUUCCCUUUUCUCAUCAUGAAGUUGAUUGCUGCUUUUCAAGUUUAGUUCUGCUAAUACCUUGGAAAUCAGAGCAGUAGCCCCAUUCCAGAGAACUAUCAAUGAUUAGUCAGUAACAUGCAUGGCUAUGGCUGCUAGAUGCGGAAUGGGAACAAAUAUGCUGAAUCAAUUUACCUAAUAAGUACCCAAUCCACAAGAGGUUCCCUCUUGUCAACCAGAGUAUAUGCAUUAUAAAAGUAUUGUUUCAGCAGUAUGACAUUUGUUUCAUAUUUUUCUAAACACUACACCAUUUUGAGAAAAA